AGGCACAAGUGAAGUAACGCAUAUUAGUGAGUUUAUUUAUAUUUAAAAGCAAAUUAAUAUUAAAUGCGCUUUUGAUACAUGAAAAGCUAAUUAGAAGCAGAAGCAGGAGUAGAGAGUGGCAGAUGAAGACUUAAAUUAAAUAUGCACUUACGGUUCAGGGAUAUUUUAGUUUACGCUGAAUACGAAACAUGGAUACACCCAACUUUUCGGGAAAAGGAUUACUUUCCAAUUAAAACAUCAAAUUCGUUGUCACAUGUGGAUUACGGGAAACCAAUAAAUAAUCCUGCAGAUUAUAGAACUAUCACCAAAACCUCUCAUGACUACUACCCGGAGAUUCCUCAAAAUUUAGAUUGCAGAGUAGCAUUAAAAGUAAGACCGGGUUUAUCACUGUCCGAUCCCACUACUAAGGAUGCCGUAAAAGAAUCCGAAUAUGGAAGGAAUUUUGUAAAAAAAUACUAUCAAAAAAAUAUCGAUGAAUUCUAUCCUAAAUGUGGAACUUAUGCAGAUGUGCACUAUACAAGAAAUGUCCAAGAAAAGAUAUUUCAAAAUCCACCAAAACCAAGAUCCCAUUUUCUAUCGGAAAUGCACGAAAGUUAUACCUUGAAACAGCCCAUAGCCGAUGAUGAAAUUGUUUAUCCGCCAGAACCUUAUGCAAAAUGUGAGGUGAAAGCACUUGGCCGUGAUGAACAACCGAAAAUUAGACCUGAGGAAAAAGGGUACUAUAAAUGGCUUGACCCUUAUAUGACCACCUACGCUUCUACUCAUUUUCCAUUUACUAAAGAACAUUGGGAAGGUAUUUCCAAAAAGGAUAUUAUUACUUACUACGACAUAAUAAAAGCACCCAAGGCCAAAGGUUUUGGACCUAAAAAUCCUCCGGACAUAUCCCCUAUGGUUCCUUCAAAAAAAAAUUACAUGCAAGAUAAUAUGCCAUUUAAACUAAAAAUUCAAGAACGUCUUGUUCAUGUCUCGCCAAAACCUGUGCCACAUAGCGGAUACAGAACUACAUCUUCUGAAGUUUACGUUCCUCCAACCAAUUAUCCGUUAUGGACAUAUCUUAACAACCCUGGUGUAGAUUACCCUGAAGCACUGACUGGAACAAGUAAGUUCCAAGAUUUAUGUCCACCAGGAAUGUAUAAAACAGAAUAUAAAACUAUUGGGUCGGAAGAUGGUGUCAAUGCUAUUGUUGACAUUGAUAAGCAUACUGCUAUAAAAAAUGUCUUAUAAAUUUAUUAAUUCUUAAUGGUUUUUGAAUACAAGUACAAAUUGGAGACGUAGUAUCAUAGCUUUUUUUAUAAUUUUAAUUGUGAAACUAUUAUACAAAAUGAAUCUUUUUAUUUAAGUAAA